AUGAGCUCGAGUGGUCCCCCGACGUUCCCCAAACCCGUCCUCGUCUCCAGCCAGCGCGCACCGGGCGUCCCGACCCCCCUCCCGGCCCCCGUCCAGUCCCAGCCCAAGACAAUCAAGCUGAGAUGCCAGGCUCUCGUCUCCCUGCCGGCGCGCCUGCUGAACCCACCGGCGGCACGGGGGCAAGUUCCCACCUUCAGUGUGAUCCCGCGUUUUGAGAUCAGCCUCGACGACAUUCUUGAUCGCAAGCAUCUUCCGCCGCUGGGUCUGAAGGACUUUGAGGAGUGGUUGCUAUUUGUCGAGCAGAAUGCCGAGAACCUGUACUUCAUCCUCUGGCUGCGCGAGUAUACUCAGAACUACGCAGAAUGGGUGCGCAAGAGUAGGCUUGCGCGCAUGUCUUCGUACAACGGCACCCCUCGCCGCGAGUACCGCACACCGCAUGCCUCGCUCUCCGCCAACCCGGAGCUCUCAUACUCCUACUCGCGGGCGAAGCGCACCUUCCUCACACCUAAUGGUGACUACGAACUGGAUGUGCCCAGCGACAUCCUCGCGCCGUUUCACAGGUCUUCACCGAGCAGCCUGGUAGGGAGUCAUGAAGGGAAGACUGACUCUGCACACGGAUCAUGGAGUCAGAGUCAGUCGACGUGUGUUUGGGGCCUUGAAGGUCAUAACGUCCCUCCGCCAGACCCCGCCGUCUUUGAUCAGCUCGCGGAUGCCGUGCGAGAGAUGCUCACGGAAAGCUUGCAGCGGUUUGUGCUUGCGACGUACAACAACGUAGGAACACCGCGGGCGGUCUGUGGAAGUGCAGGAGGGAUCGUGAUUAGCCUUGCAGGCAGUAUCCCGCUUAUUGUCAACUUCGCUGUCCAUGGCAAUCGCUGGUGGAGGCUGGCUGCUAUCCCCGGUAUGUGGGCGGGUAUGACGAUCUUUAUCUCCGCGAUGUAUGGGGUCUGCAUGAUGAUCUACGUGUUCGGUGACCUCCGUCAACUUCGGUCAUUCGAGCUUGUUCGCCCUCCUAUCUCCGACCCGCAGCCCCAUCCCUCACCAUCUGGCUCGGUCACAUCGCUUUUCCAGCCCCGUCCAGCGCCCGAUACACCUACUGCUGUUCAGUUCAAUGUUCCUUUCCGUCGUCCGCGCCGUCAGUCUUCCGCUCCCGAAAUAAGCAGUCCCAUCCCGAUCGAUCUUCGUGAACACAGUACCAUCCGGUGCGAAAAGCCAAAACUCACGAUCAUCACGCCGCCAUCGAGAUUUUCCGAGGACAGCGAUGUUCAGUUCCCGCAACGCGUCGUGACACGUCCUGAGCGCUCAUCGCAAGACUACGACAUCGAAGUUGCCUCUGUGCAGUACACGGACGAGGACGAUGGGCCAGACAGCGGGUACGAGGACGGCGACGAACGCAGCGAGCAUCGUGCGGCUGUUAGUACCCCUUGUAUCGAGAUCUCAGAGGCAUUCUACGACGAACAUCCCGCCCCCGAGGGUCCUGCGACGGCUUCGUUCCCCAUCGGCAGGCCGCCGCUCUGGCCCGACUACGACACCAGUGAGGAAGCAGAAGUGACCACAACAGCUGCAUUCAUUCACCCGUUCACGUACGACAUCAAAGGCGAGGUCGGCGACGACGUCGAGGCGGGUCGCAGCAUCGCGUCACGGCAACCUGUCGAUCCCUUCGACUUCGAUGCCCUGCCACCCAAGCGCCCGAGAUUCGCCACUGGACGAUACCGCGGACAAGCUCGCCGAGCACCCGGGGAAAAGACCGACGGGAAAGUCGCGAAGAGCUCUGGCAAGAUCAGCGGGGCGAUUAACUCCGUCGACAAGUGGAUGAGCCUCGGGCCGAAGGGAGUGCUGAGCCGCUGGCAGACACGGUGCAGCCCCGGGAACGUCGUGCGUGUGCACAUCGAGCGCGAGAUCAAUGGCGUGCCCGUGUGUGUGACCGAGCUCGAGAAGGAGAAGGGGUGGGGGAUUGGGUGGGGAGUCGCGGCGGACCCGUCCGAGAUGUCGCCGACGGGGACUCUCGCGGCCAGCGCGUUCACGUUCCCGCACCUCGUUCCCAGCGCGAGUGUCACCGCCGCAGCCUCGCCGACGUCGCCGAGUGUCACGUCCGAGUGCUAUGCUGAGAAGCAGGAGGAAAAGGAGGCGGGCGUGAAGGUGGGAUGGACGGUGAGGUUCAGGAAGGUGCGCGCCGUGCCUGCGUUUGCGGUGCCCCUGACACCGGUGUUGAACCCCGUCGUGACGAGGGCGCAGUGGGAGAUCGUGGUGAGGAGUGCGUUGAUCGCGGCCUUGGUGGUGUGUGUGGUCAUCGGCGGGCUGACAGGUGCGCCGGUGCCGCUGUGA